CACAAAAAUAAAUCAUAAACCGCCAUACAAAAAAAACAAAAACGUAUGUAUAUAAGAAACAAGAAGCUUUGUCUAUCAUUCACCUGAAUCACAUAUACCUUUGAGCUCCAUCAAAGAUGAUGAAAAUGAAGAAUCUUCUUAGUUCUAGGUUAAAAUCUUCCUCUGCAAGACAAGAAAAUUCUGAGAAGGAAUAUCGUCGUAGCUUGACGUCCAAGCUAAGUGUUAACGAGGAGUACAAGGAAGCUUUUAGGACAAAGUCCUACUUAGAUAUUCGGACAAAAGCAGAAGAUCAACUAGGCAUAACAUUAUCUAGCAAACUCUCUUCUUCUCCUCCGUCUUCUUCUCAUUCUCCUCCAUCCUCAGAUCUCAGCUUCCAUUCACACUUCACCGAUUACUUGCUCGACCCUCCUCAAGAAACUCUCGAUGCUCUCAUGCAAGACUCGAGUUUCCACAAUCUUCUAGCUAACUUCUUUGACUUUAGCUCCGACGCUUGUGAUGUAUGUGAGUCUCUCCUUCAAUGCAUCCAACAAAUCAAGAUCAAUCACGUAAAAAUCAAAAGGGUUAUCAAGAUUGGUAAAAGGGUUUGUAAUAAUGGUGCUAAAACCCCUGAACGUGCUUUGGUAUUUCAAGAGCUCUCGAGAUACGCCUUGCUGAAAAACCCUUUGUAUAGUAUCAUCAACCAAGCUCAGUUCCGGAGAGUUCACGAUGCAAACUCGGAGUUGCUCGCUAGAUUAACUUCUAAAAGGAGAAGAAUCAGAAGAAAAGACAGGUUCUUUAAGUUUUGCAAGAAGCUAGGAGGUUGUAGUCUAGUGAUUUCACAUAGCGCGAUUGUUAUUACAUUGCUGAUCGUGGCGUUACACAGCAUACUCGGCGUCUUAGUAGCUCCUGCUGUGCUCGGUUUAUGCUCAUUAGGUCUUUUGAGGAAGAAGAAGAAGAAAGCGAAAAGGAACGUGGAGAAUAAGAGCAAGACCGAUCCAUCGCUAGAGAAGCUCGGGACACAAAUGGAUAUAGCAGCUAAAGGAAUGUUCAUAAUGAUAAAUGAUUUGGAUACGUUGAGUAGACUUGCCGGGAGAUUAUGCGAUGAGAUAGAGCAUAGAAAAACGGUAGCUGCCAUGUGUGCUAAGAGUGGGAAGAUUGAAGUGUUAAAGGAAGCCUUGAGAGAGUUUAGUGGACAUGAAGAAAGAUUCUUAGAGCAAUUGCAAGAGCUUGAAGAACAUCUCUACCUUUGUUUCCACACUAUUAAUAGAUCAAGAAGACUAGUGUUUGCGCAAAUCACAGGACCAAGUUCUUGAUUCUUUUGAUUCAUCAAAAAAAAAAUACUUUUGUAGGGUUUAUGAAACAUUUAUAAAGUAACUAGGAUAAGAUCCGCGCCUUGCGCGGAAUUAAGUUAUUCUUUUUAUUAUAUUUUUGAGAAUGAAAC